AUGGAGGACGUGCGGCUCUGGGACUGCCGCUGCGGUGGCCGUCGGGGGCGGCACGAGGGACCACGCUACGGUGAUGGAGACGACCGUGCUCGUCGUGCUGGAGGUUUGCACCCUUAUGCUUGCAGGUACCUCCUCCUAGGCGCGCCGAUGAUGGCUGAUGGCGCGUGUGCAGACGCACGAGUGCCGGGCGUGGUCAACGACGCCAGCAAUCACCAGGAGGUUGCCUUCCCAAACGUCGAGAUGGCCUGCCGCGGGUAUGUUGUCGUGGCAAAGCUUGGGGCGCUGCCUCCUACCGUCCCGACUCGACGCCUCGCUUCUGCGUCUCCACGAGCGGGGAUUCGCUUCGCCCGGCCGGUCCUGAUAGGUCCACAGGCAAGGAAGUGCGACAGGUCUGUGGAUCUUAUAAAGUUCAAUGGCUACACAGAUUUGAUUGCUGAGCUAGAUGAGAUGUUUGACUUCAAAGGGGGAGGCGUUCCACCACCACCAGCAGCAGCACCAGUGGCCAGCGCAGCACUACGUUGCGUCGCCGCAGCUGCAGCUCCCGUCCGCUCCGACCCGCCGAGGCUUGCCACCGUGCUAUCCGCGUCAGCUGGCCACACCUACUCGACGCCGUCCUCCACUGUUGUGGCGCCGCCUCCCACAGCCUUGCCUCCUACCAGGGCAAGGCGGAGUGGGCUGGAUCCGAGGGUCAGUGCUGAGGAGCCGCAAGCUCCGAGAAGGCGUUUUUAUUUCGCCUCUUCCGUCCGUGGUGAACCGCCUGACGGAGUGGCGUCGUCGCGACCAUCGACGUCCUAUGCUACAGGUUGUGCUUUUUCUCUGGUCAUCGUUGCCACCUGA